AUGCCUGACGGACCACAGCAGAUGCAGCCAUCGUCACUAGUUGCUGCUUUGAGCACACCUUCUCAAGCUAUGCAACAUUCGCAACAGCAGCAACAACAACAACAACAACAACAACAGCAGCAACAUCAACAGCAGCCAGUACAAGGACAUCAGCCGAUUCAGCAAAUGCAUCUCUCACAACAGCAACAACACCAUCCGCACCAACAGCAUCCACAACAACAUUCUCAACCACAUCCUCAGCCGCAUGCUCAACAGCAUCCUCAACAUGGUCAGCAGCAUGGUCAGCAACAUGGUCAACAACAUGGUCAGCAACAUCAAGUUGGUCCUCAGUCCUCUCAGCACCCUCAACACGUGCAACAUGCACAACAUCAACAAAUUCAUCCUCAACAUCAACAUCAUCCUCAAAAUCAAACCCCGACUCAACAAAACCAUGACAACUACCAACAAGUCCAGAACAGUAAUGGACCAACACCUGGUGUCGGAGGUCCUAUUAGAGUGCAGCCGCAAAUUCGAUUAGUUCGUCAAGCUAUCACACCAUACCCUCAGGGAAGCACCCCUCAUUCGGGUCAACAGCAUAUGAGACCAAUAACAAUUCAGCAACCUAAUCAAGGGCAACAGUUCCAAUCACAGUUCCCUCCUCAGGUUGUGGUUAGAAACAUUGCUAGCGUUCAAAAUAAUGGUCCACCCCCUCCUCAGAAUCAUCCAGCUCCCGCUCCUCCUGCACCAGCUACAAAUUUCCCCAAUCAAUCGAUUCAAAACAGUAGUAUACAUCCUCAUCCUCAAGGGACCGUGGUUCACCUUAAUAUGACUGCUGGCGCUUUGAUUGAUAAGGUUAAACUUGAUGAUCUCGUGCAUCAAAUUGAUCCAUCCACUGUCUUAGAGGACAAUGUGAAAGAUGCAUUAGUGGAGUAUGCUGAUGAGUUUGUUAACGAGAUUAUUGAUAAAGUUUGUCGCUUAGUUCAACAUAGAGGGAAUAAGCGUUUAGAAACGAGAGAUGUAGAAAUGGUUCUUAGUAUGGUAUUCAAUUUGCCGUCGGUUCCUCGCGUUCAUGUGUUCGGAGCUCCUCCUACCGUUUUGCCUAAGUUAGAUGGUUACCCUGCUACUGAUGCUCAUAAGCAACGAUUAGCUUUAAUAAGAAAACAGUUGAAGAAAGCUUAG